AUGCUGGGAUCCCAUGUCGAUGCUUCCAAAACCAAAUCUAGUAGAGCUCUGAGACGAGCUUCUGUGUUGCCGGCAGCGUCGAGUCUCGUGUGGCAUCCUUCUGGGAAUCCGACCCGACUUCACUCGAAAUCCUCAUCAAAGGUCAAUCACUUCCUUAUUAAAUGCCCCGCGGCUCUACUGUUUGGAGAAGUACCCGUCGUUGCUGAGUCCCUUUUGGGAGCUUCCAAGGAACUUCCCACUGCCGCAUUCCAACAGUUUGGGUUUACAACUUAUAAUAAUCGUGCGGUUUUUUACUUUACUGGUUUCGUGGGACGUGCCCUCUGUGCCCCACAUUUAGUGUACAUUGUGAGAUCACCUGAGGUUGUGGGGAUCCCUUUGGAGACCAGACUGCGAUGUGGUGUGGAAAUGAAAGUUAACGAGACGCUAUUGUGUUUGUGUCGAGUGGCCGUCUAUCUUCGUCUUGUUAAUGUUUACGACGUCAAGUUCGCGUCGUGUUUCUCUGAAGACAGCUGUCGAGCACUCUGCCAUGCCAUGCGAUUGCGUUGCAUACAAAAAGAGCCCAUUAAGGGCUUCUUUUGUUGGACGCCCCGGCGGAGCAGAAAAUCUGACAAGAGGAUGCAUCCGAAUAAGAACGGAGUCGAAGGUGCGAGUAAAGCCGGGUAUUCCCCGUCAGUAAUUUCGGCUGCCUCCAUCAACCUCGCGGUGACAGAAACUCAAUUUCUGACGACGCGCUUUGGCAAAGCCCAGUUGAAAGGAAGCCGGCGUUCCCGUCCAUUUGGGUUUUCCCCGCUACUAUUGCUUCGAAGGAUAGCUUUCCUUCAAAUGGCCGCGGAAUAUUCGCGUCGGAACAGAUCGAUGGGACCUAAGUGGCGAGGGAUCCCGUUUGCGAUCAACGCGAAUGAAGCGGAAAAUGGAAUAGUCGACAGUAGUUUGUGGGCGAACCCGGACCCGAUCUUCCUUUUAUCUGUUUAUCGAUUUAAAUUUUGCGCAUUUGGUGCCGUCAAGUUUAGCUGGUCGCCCUUGUGGACCGAAAGCGUAUUAGCUGCGGGGCUCUGCUGUGACAGGUUCCGCAAAUACAAUCCAACGGCAUUCAGUCCUCUGCAAACCAUAAUGAAGAUGAAUCUCGCCCGAGACUUUCAUCUGACGUUGCGGGAAGACCCGGUUUCCAUCUGGAUUGAUCAAGCGCGCCGUGAUGGUCCUAUUUUUGCGUCGUCACCGGCCGUGGUGGCGUGUAACCAGCCGUGCGGACUGACGGAAAUCGAGUUUUCUGGAUUUUCCCCGAGAAAAAUGUGUGCACUGCGCACGUAUGGCUGGCCGAAGGCCAAAUCCCGGACGAUCAUGCCCCCUUCGAGGGCUAAUCCGCGCUACCCGAACCGCAUUUCCACGAACGGGUCCUGUGAGGGUCAAGUGUCCUCCACGUCGGCGACGAAUGGUAAUUGCGGUCCACCGCAGGCCGCCUGCACAGGCUCUCUAGCCCCGGGUUACCUGCGCCAAGAACCUGGGCCACUGCCACCCGCGUCGUCAUGCACUGCUGCACCGCCGCCCCCGGGGGUCGCGCCGCCCUCCGCCCCCAAGCCCUGUCGGCCGAAGGACAAGGAGCCAGGCGCUGGGAAAAAGAAGGGGAAGUCGAAAGAAGGUGAGUCCCCUACGUUCGUUUAUCAUGCUCGGCCUGCCGUGGUUAUGGACGCUAAUAUCGUUUGCGAGCUCGGAGCAGCGAUGAUCCUAACUGAUGCGUUGGAGCUGUAA